AUGGCGAAUUUCAAGUCCCUCAUCUUUCUUGCUGCGCUUUCAACAGUACACGCCACGGCUACACCUGGUGCUCUGAGCACCAUAUCAACUGCCGUAGAUGUCAACAGUCAGGCUGGUUGGUGGAACCCCUUGGACGAAUAUGGCGGCUACGACUGGCUUGCCUACCUACGCAACCCCCCUGGCGGAAGCACAGCCAACAACAACGUCAUGGUAGCGCGUCGUUCUAUCUCAGAUGGCACCAUGACCCGCGACUGUGUCAAGACUUCAGAUGGUCAAUGUGCUGUUUUUGCAGAUGAUCUUGGCCACAACACUCCAAGCAUCAGUGUUGACAGUGAUGGCUAUGUGCACGUCUUCACCAGCAUGCACAAUGAGCCGUGGAAGUACUUCCGGUCUACCACACCGUACAGUAGUACUUUGGUCGAUGCUAGCUCCGAAAUGCCGGACCAAACCAUCAAGGUCACUUAUCCUGUCAUCAAGAGGGACGCUGGUGGAAAUUUAUGGUUGAUCAUUCGUGGACAAGCAGCCAACGACAACAACGCAAAAGGUGGUUACUUUUACAAGUACUCAACCAGCGAUGGGUCAUGGUCACGUGUGGCUAUUUGGGCAUACAACAAAGGCUAUUCUGUAUACCCAGACGAUAUCGCUUUCUCGUCGGAUGGUGAUGUACAUCUCCAGUGGGAGUGGAGCAAAUAUCCUGCAUCUGCUGUGCGCCAUCAAGGCAGUUACGUGCGCUAUAACCCAUCGACAAACUCCUUCACCUCAGCUUCAGGAGCCACAGUUUCGCUUCCUAUCACACAGAACAGUGCCGAUAUCGUCUAUCAGCCUUUGACGUCUGGUGAGACGUACAGCGGUGAUAUCAAUGCCUCGCCUGGUCCAGCCUUUCAAAGUGCAAAGAUGGCACUCUAUGAGAGACCUGAUGGAUCCAUUCACAUUCAGCAUGCAUACCGCUUCAAGACAUCCAACACAGGUGCAUGGCAAGUUCGUCGUGCAACUGCUACAUAUGGAACCCAGGAUCCUUGGAAGAGGGAGAUACUCUACCAGGAUAGUGAGACAAGUGCUGCACUUGGCAUCACGCAUGAUGGCACGAGUGCACGUAUUUACUACUGCCGCUCCUCGGCUAGUGCAUUCGUGCUUGAGAAUGUUAGUGGCGCUGGUUGGACUAAUACAGCUCUUGAGCCUGUUGUUGGGAAGAAGGUGCAGCGUCUACAAGCUUUGAUGAGGAGUGAUGGAACUGAUGUGUUGUACCUGGGAUCUCCUACAAAUAUCAACUCUACAACUGGAAGCCUGUACCUUAUGACGGUUGGGGGGAGGGAUUGA